AGCCUCACUUUGGCACAGUGACGUCGGUACUAUUUAAAGGACGUGCUUUCUUUGUCUGCGGUCAUUUUCAUUGCGUUCCGGUGCGGCGUUUGGUAGUGUCUGUGAGGUUUAUUCUGUCACCAUGGUUGAGGCUGAUCGCCCAGGCAAAUUGUUUAUUGGUGGUCUGAACACAGAAACUAAUGAGAAGGCUCUGGAGGCUGUGUUUUGCAAAUAUGGCCGUGUUGUUGAAGUUCUUUUAAUGAAAGACAGAGAGACAAACAAAUCAAGGGGGUUUGCCUUUGUUACAUUUGAAAGCCCUGCCGAUGCCAAAGAUGCUGCUAGAGAAUUGAAUGGAAAGGCAUUGGAUGGCAAACCUAUAAAGGUUGAGCAAGCAACCAAACCAUCUUUCAGUGCUCCAAGCAGACGUGGACCACCUCCCCCACCCAGAAGCCGUGGGCCUCCAAGAGGACUCAGAGGAUCAAGAGGAGGAGGAUCCUCAAGAGGGCAGAUGCCUUUGAAGAGGGGACCGCCACCAAGAAGUGGUGGUCCUCCACCAAAAAGAUCUGCUCCAUCUGGCCCUGUUCGCAGCAGUGGAAUGGGAGGUAGAGCUCCACUCUCACGUGAAAGGGAUGGCUAUGGUGCACCACCCCGCAGAGACCCAAUACCAUCUCGACGAGAUGUUUAUAUGUCCCCUAGGGAUGAUGGCUACAGUGGAAAAGAUAGAUAUGAUGGAUAUUCAGGCAGAGAUUAUGGAAGUUCCAGGGACUCUAGAGAUUAUGGUCCACCACCAAGGGAUUACGCUUACAGAGACUAUGGUCAUUCAAGUUCUCGUGAUGACUAUGGAUCCAGAGGUUACAGUGAUCGUGAUGGUUAUGGUGGCCGUGACAGUAGGGAUUAUUCAGAUCAUCCAAGUGGAGGUUCUUACAGAGACUCUUAUGAGAGCUAUGGUAACUCACGUAGUGCUCCACCUGCAAGAGGGCCCCCGCCAUCAUAUGGUGGAAGCAGUCGAUAUGAUGAUUACGGCAGCACUCGGGAUGGAUAUGGAGGGCGAGACAGUUACUCAAGCAGCAGAAAUGAUAUCUACUCAAGUGGGCGUGAUCGAGUUGGCAGACAAGAGCGAGGGCUACCACCCCCAAUGGAUAGGGGAUACCCACCUCCACGUGAUUCUUACAGCAGUUCAAGCCGUGGUGGGCCCAGAGGUGGAGGCCGCGGUGGCAGCCGAUCAGACAGAGGAGGUGGUAGAAGCAGAUAUUAAACCUUUAAUAUGGACCAAAGACGUUACAAAAAAAAAAAUCAGGAGAAAGUGGCUAUUCUGCCUCUACCACCAGCGGACUACUUUAAGAAAGUUUGUUUUUUAUUUAUCUUUAAAUUUUUUUACUUGUAAGUUUUCUCCUCCAUGGAAUUCAGGCUCAUGUGGGAAAGUUUAAAUGCUUAAUCUCAAGUUCUGUUAGUAUUUUUUUUUUUUCUUUGAUAUGUACAUUGUGUAGUAUGAGCUGUGUAUUAGUGUUGUAACUUUUUUCAAAGUAAAGUUUCACUAAAACGCCACAA